AUGCGUCUAUUCGGUGGAAAGAACAACAAGUUCAAGAGCGACCCUCCCAAAAUCAGGAUCGAAAAGGUCGUCGUCGACCGACCUGCCCAGAAGCCCAAGCCCAAACCGAAUCCUAUUCUCAGCGGCUCAGCAUCACGCUCCUCGUCCUCCCACCGCCCUUCUCCGAAACCUCUGGCACGCCAAGCUAGUCACUCGCCCUACCCCUCCUCAUCCGACGAGAAGCGUCUGGAACGUAAGCGGAAGGCACCGUCCGUAACGCGUCGAUCACCAGCCAGCGAUCGUAUCGAAUUCGACAAAGACAGCGAUGGCGAAGACGAUGGAUGGAUGACUCUCGAUACGAAGAGGCAGCGCAAGGGCACUGAAGAUGGCAGUUUUGUCGACCCUAACCGUAAGCUGAGGAGCGUAAGGGCCUUUGAGGAGCGCAUGGAUACCCGGAGCUUCAUUCAUGCUGUUGAUGUAGCUUCGCUUGAGCACAAAUGUGUACCUGUAAUGGGUGCCCAAAAGGAGGAGGUCGCUAUCAGACUCCAAUACCCCAGUUUACAGCCCCGUGAGAAAUAUGAGCUAGUAUGGGGCAAAGACAAAAUCGAUGCCGUGGAAGCAAGCAUCAAGGUGGUUCGCCAUGUUGCCGAGACAUACCUUACCGAAGAGGAAGCCGAGCCUUUCACAAAUCCCAACGAUGGUAUCAUUCGAAGAUUGGAAAAGGCCUCCAACCGGAAUAUCCAGGAUUUGAUGGGAUUUAAGGCUGCUCUGCGCGAGUACAACGAGAAGCUUCGUGCUCUGGUCGAUGACGGUGUAAUUGCCAAAAACCUUGAUAAAAUGCACGAGCUACCCCAACACCUGGUGGCUUUCAUUCUCGACCAGAUCUAUGAUCGCACAGUGGCUCUGAAGGUGGAACUCCUAUCCAAGUACGAGAAUGGAACCGACUAUGUCUAUGGCGAACUCCUACACCCGUUCAUCUCCAAGAUUUUGUUAGAGCAAACUCGAAUGACCUCUGGUCAGGUCUUUGUCGAUUUAGGCUCAGGUGUUGGAAAUGUUGUUUUGCAAGCGGCUCUCGAGAUUGGCUGUGAAAGUUGGGGUUGCGAAAUGAUGGAGAAUGCUUGCAAUCUCGCUGAGGAACAGAAGAAGGAGUUUGAUGCGCGAUGCAUGUUGUGGGGAAUUCGACCGGGCAAAGUUCAUCUUGAACGGGGCGAUUUCCGUAAGAACCUGCCCAUUCAUGAGGCUCUCAAACGCGCGGACGUGGUCCUUGUCAACAACAAGGCAUUCACCUCGCAGCUUAACGACGAUUUGGUUCGAAUGUUCCUGGAUCUCAAGUCGGGCUGCAAGAUUGUGUCCCUCAAGUCUUUUGUCGCCGAGAAGAGCAACAACCACAACAUCAACGACGUUGGCAGUACCAUCCUGGAGGUGGAAGAGUGCAUAUACCCUGAGGGUUACGUGAGUUGGACUAAUGCAGGAGGAUCGUACUUCAUUUCGACGCGAAAGUAG